GAACUUGCCACUCACAAUAUGGCGGAUGCGAUGACGAGCAAUUUCUACUGAUCCGGCCUCUUCUGUUGAGUCAUCAUCAGCUCAGCAGCGAUUUGUUGUACUUUUCCCUUCAAACCAUAUCAACGUCGUCUGUUGGAAAAUCUGAAAUAAAGUCUACAGAUGCAUCAAAUGUCUGCCAAGGCUCCUCUCAGAUGAUCAACCACCCGAAGCAGAAGAAAUGCUGCAUCAUCUUCAGUGCCUCUCUGUGCAAGAAGCCAUCAAACCCGUCUACUGCAGAUACACAGGGCCACGUUUCAGUCUGCCUCGAUCAUGACACCCAGUGGUAAAUAUUGGACUUCAGAAUGAAUUACUAAACUGAUUUUCAAAACUGACCACAAAGGGCUUGAGUUACGUUUCUCAGGUCAAGAAAUAAUUUGUACAUUAUUUUUUAAAAUGUACAAAUUAGUUGGUUUUUUUAAACAAAACUAUGACUUAUGAAAUUCUAUUUAAACUGUUAUGUAGCAUCAGGCUAAUAAUACUGUAAUGUCCUUCUGCUUUCCUUUGAAAAUUAGAUUAUUUAGUAAAAAAAAUAUAUAUAUAUUCAUAAUGGCAACACAUUUUCCUGUUGGAUGUUACUUUUAAUUGCACUAUAUAAUGGGUAAAACAUAACGCUAACAUAUGUUAGGUUCUGAAAACUAUAAGUCAGUUGGAUUCAUUCAUUUAAUUUUGGUUAUACUGUAUUGUAUUUACAUUGCUUUUUGCUAUUUUUUGUAUUCUUAUCAAUGGAAAUGUGAUUUUACAUAUCCCAUAUAAAUAUAUUUUGACUGAUAUCCAUAGAAAUGAAGUACAACACUCCUUUGAAAAGCCUUUAAUGCAGGUUUAUUUAAAUGUUAAUCGUAAACAUAUACUUUACAAUUCCUGUGGUCAGACAGAGGCAAACUGGAGGCGGUGCUUUCACUUUAAAAGAUUGACCGAAUCGUGUUGUGGCCCUGUUUCCCCUAAUGAUGAGUGAUAAUCAAUGAGUUUCACCAGAGCAAACAUAAUCUGACAAAGCUAACAGCAUGCUGCUCUGUGACAUUUUAUUUGAAACUCCAGUCACAGACGUUUUAGACCUAAGACAGCAGUAGGACCGAAACAGUUUUUCCAUGUGCUUUCAUGUGACAGAGGAAAAAGAGCAAGAAAUUUCAUGAAAAUUUUCUGGAUUUUUAGGGCAGCCAUGGCAGCUGAACUGGAUGUAGUGAACCUGUUCUUCAUUGCUGGAGCAACACUGGCUAUUCCCAUCCUGGCUUUUCUGGCUUCCUUCCUUCUUUGGCCAUCUGUACUCAUUAAAGUGUAUUACUGGUACUGGAGAAGGACUUUGGGCCUGCAGGUUCACUAUGCAGACUGUGGAGGUUAUCGCUUCUGCUAUUCCUACAGAGGAAAACCUGGGAUGAGACCCUCCAUCCUGAUGCUUCAUGGCUUCUCUGCUCACAAAGACAUGUGGCUGACUGUUGUCAAGUAUUUACCAAAGCACCUGCACAUUGUGUGCGUGGACAUGCCUGGCCACGAGGGGACGACACGCACCAACACUGAGGAUUACUCCGUUCAGGGGCAGGUCAGAAGGAUCCAUCAGUUUGUAGGAAGCAUUCACUUAAACAGAAAAGCGUUCCAUCUGGUGGGAACCUCCAUGGGGGGAAAUGUUGCUGGGGUUUAUGCAGCCUGCUAUCCCUCGGAAAUCUGCAGCAUGACUCUCAUCUGUCCCGAUGGAAUCAGACAUCCAUGUGAGACCAAAUUUGACAAUCACCUUCAAGAUCUGGAACACAGCAACUUCACACUGAACAUCCCGCUGAUCCCAACUACACCAGACGAGAUGGAGGACAUGUUCAAACUCUGUUCUCAUGUUCGCUUUAAAAUUCCUCAGCAGAUUCUUCAGGGACUGGUUGAUGUGCGAGAACCUCACAACGCGUUUUAUGAAGAAGUUUUUAUGGAGAUCAUCGGUGAGAAAUCAAGAUAUGCCUUACACGAGCAUUUGCAUCUCAUAACCUCACCUUUACAAGUGAUUUGGGGCAAACAAGAUCAGGUGGUGGAUGUCUCUGGAGCUACAGUCAUUGCUGAAUUGGUGCCUGGAUGCAGGGUGGACUUGCUGGACAACUGUGGUCACUCUGUGGUGAUGGAGAAGCCGUGUCGGACAGCCAAACUUAUUCUGGAGUUUAUUAUCCUGCAGCAAACUGCCAGGAGCGGCACAAAGAAGUCUUCUUGAAUAUUUAAUGUUUCCAUUACUGUGUCACAGUUUUAUAAAGUCUUCAACACGUGGCCCAAAAGGCAAGAAUUACAAUGUAGAGUUUUAUUGUUUUAAGGAACUGCAUUUUAUAAAUUACUUAAACUUGUUGUCAGUAGGUUUUGGAUAUUGCUAAGCUUUUGCUAGUGUGCCCGGAUGUUUCUGGCAAGAUUUACCCUAACUUUCAAAGAAUACAUUUCCUGCUCACAACUGGAAAAAAAAAAUCUCACUAUAAGAAAUAUCAAAACUGA